ACGACACCCACAUCAUCAUGCCCGGUCGUGUGAGAUGACUGCACAAAUCUUGUUCUCUGAGGAUAAGCAGCAGUAUCUUUUGCUGCAGCUAGAUGACGCUCUGCUAGGCCAGCCGCUUGUCAUUAAAUCCGCUUCCAGCUCGAGCUCUGUUUUGUGCACGCCGACCCAGACAUUUACGCUCAAGGACGUCCAACAGUCCAAUUCGCUUCUCUUUCUUGCGGACUCAAGCAGUAAUGACCUCGUCGUGCAAGGCGAAGGCAGUAGCUGGCUGGAAACAACCAGAGUCACGCCUUCCAUCAAGCUGAAUCUGGAUAUUCACAACCCAGACGAUGGUCUUGUUGGCAAAGGUUUUCCGGCCGAUGUGCUAUUUAGUCGGAUCGCAGCAUCUGAUGCGGAAAUUGAAGCCGCCCUGUCUCAAGAACUGGCGAUUGACCUUGCCGUCUGUGGUGGCUUCGUUGAGCUCCAUGUGGACUAUGUCUUGAGACUGCUUGGGUCUCUCAUCAACAUGAUCCAAGCUGCCGACAUGCAGUUGACUUCGGUAGAUGAAGAGACAUUUAAGGCAGCCGCAAAAGACGAAGAGGACGCAGAAACUCUCGUCUUUCUUCUUCAUCGGUUUUCAAACGGUGCACCCCUUUGUCUUGAUGGCGACGACAUCUGCCGAUACACUGGAGAAGCGGCACUCAAGCAAGUUGCGCGUCAUCCUUGUUCACUCGCAACAUUCAAAGCUGCAUGGCAAGAGAUGACGCCGGUACAAUAUCGUGGGCAAGCUGUAGCUCUCUCCCUGUUGGAAGGGUCCUAUGUACAACCGGCAAGCAAUCUCAUUCAAUACUUUGCUGCUUCAUCACUCAGCAGAAAUCCCAAAGCACGCCUCACACAGCUCUUUGACGUCAAGGAACGCUGGCGUGAAGAGGAGAUUUCCACAUUUCUGUCUAGCUUGGUGGAUGGCGAUGCCAAGGCCAUCAACUCUCUCAUCAUGAAGUUUGCACGCAAAGUCAAGAUUGGCAAAGAGUCUUUUGUAGAAGCGCGUAGGUAAUGCUAUGUCGCUGCAGUUUUUUGUCGUGUCGUUUCUUGCUUCAUCCACCGCUACCGGCGCAGAUCGCUAAGCUCUACCGCCUCGUAUCGGUCACCGGGCUGUGAUUGCUAUAAGUGAAUGCGACCUUGCCGCUUUGACAAGAAUACUUGUGACCCGCAAAAGAGAAAGAAGACAACAUAGACAAUGACAGUCGCUAUGCAGGUAGAUGCAGCAUCCUGACCACUCACAUCUUCUGGAAGACCGUCGACGAGGGCAGCGGCACCAUAGCUAGCGUUAGCGACGUGUUGGCGUUUACGAGGUCGUACUUGAAGAGUGCUGCGAUGACGGACAGCAUGAUGAUGGCGAAA